ACUGCUGUGCAGGGCAGGAAAGCUCCAUGCACACAGCCCAGCAAACAGCAGCACACACCUGAAAGGAAGACUCAGAGGAGAGAGAUAAGGAAGGAAAGUAGUGAUGGAUCUCAUCCCAAACUUGGCCGUGGAAACCUGGCUUCUCCUGGCUGUCAGCCUGGUGCUCCUCUAUCUAUGUGGAACCCAUUCACAUGGACUUUUUAAGAAGCUUGGAAUUCCAGGGCCCACACCUCUGCCUUUUUUGGGAAAUAUUUUGUCCUAUCGUAAGGGCUUUUGGACGUUUGACAUGGAAUGUCAUAAAAAGUAUGGAAAAGUGUGGGGCUUUUAUGAUGGUCGACAGCCUGUGCUGGCUAUCACAGAUCCUGACAUGAUCAAAACAGUGCUAGUGAAAGAAUGUUAUUCUGUCUUCACAAACCGGAGGCCUUUUGGUCCAGUGGGAUUUAUGAAAAGUGCCAUCUCUAUAGCUGAGGACGAAGAAUGGAAGAGAAUACGGUCAUUGCUGUCUCCAACCUUCACCAGUGGAAAACUCAAGGAGAUGGUCCCUAUCAUUGCCCAGUAUGGAGAUGUGUUGGUGAGAAAUCUGAGGCAAGAAGCAGAGACAGGCAAGCCUGUCACCUUGAAAGACGUUUUUGGGGCCUACAGCAUGGAUGUGAUCACUAGCACAUCAUUUGGAGUGAACAUCGACUCUCUCAACAAUCCACAAGACCCCUUUGUGGAAAACACCAAGAAGCUUUUAAGAUUUGAUUUCUUAGAUCCAUUCUUUCUCUCAAUAAUCUUUCCAUUCCUCACCCCAAUUCUUGAAGUAUUAAAUAUCUCUGUGUUUCCAAGAGAAGUUACAAGUUUUUUAAGAAAAUCUGUAAAAAGGAUGAAAGAAAGUCGCCUCAAAGAUACACAAAAGCACCGAGUGGAUUUCCUUCAGCUGAUGAUUGACUCUCAGAAUUCGAAAGAAACUGAGUCCCACAAAGCUCUGUCUGAUCUGGAGCUCGUGGCCCAAUCAAUUAUCUUUAUUUUUGCUGGCUAUGAAACCACGAGCAGUGUUCUCUCCUUCAUUAUGUAUGAACUGGCCACUCACCCUGAUGUCCAGCAGAAACUGCAGGAGGAAAUUGAUGCCGUUUUACCCAAUAAGGCACCACCCACCUAUGAUACUGUGCUACAGAUGGAGUAUCUUGACAUGGUGGUGAAUGAAACGCUCAGAUUAUUCCCAAUUGCUAUGAGACUUGAGAGGGUCUGCAAAAAAGAUGUUGAAAUCAAUGGGAUGUUCAUUCCCAAAGGGGUGGUGGUGAUGAUUCCAAGCUAUGUUCUUCACCAUGACCCAAAGUAUUGGACAGAGCCUGGGAAGUUCCUACCUGAAAGAUUCAGCAAGAAGAACAAGGACAGCAUAGAUCCUUACAUAUACACACCCUUUGGAACUGGACCCAGAAACUGCAUUGGCAUGAGGUUUGCUCUCAUGAACAUGAAACUUGCUCUAAUCAGAGUCCUUCAGAACUUCUCCUUCAAACCUUGUAAAGAAACACAGAUCCCCCUGAAAUUACACUCAGGAGGACUUCUUCAACCAGAAAAACCCAUUGUUCUAAAGGUUGAGUCAAGGGAUGGCACCGUUUAAGUGGAGCCUGAAUUUUCCUAAGGACUUCUGCUUUGCUCUUCAAGAAAUCUGUGCCUGAGAACACAAGAGACCUCAAAUUACUUUGUGAAUAGAACUCUGAAAUGAAGAUGGGCUUCAUCCAAUGGACUGCAUAAAUAACCGGGGAUUCUGUAUAUGCAUUGAGCUCUCUCACUGUCUGUGUAGAGUGUUAUACCUGGGAAUAUAAAGGAGGUGACCAAAUCAGUGCGAGGAGGUAGAUUUGGCUCCUCUGCUUCUCAUGGGACUAUUUCCACCACCCCCAGUUAGCACCAUUAACUCCUCCUGAGCUCUGAUAAGAGAAUCAACAUUUCUCAAUAAUUUCAUCCACAAUUAUUAAUGAAAAUAAGAAUUAUUUUGAUGGCUCUAACAAUGACAUUUAUAUCACAUUUUCUCUGGAGUAUUCCAUAAUAAGUUUUAUAUUAAAUCAACAAAGACCACUUUACAAAAGUAUUAUCAGAUGCUUUCCUGCACAUUAAGGAGAAAUCUAUAGAACUGAAUGAGAACCAACAAGUAAAUAUUUUUGGUCAUUGUAAUCACUGUUGGUGUGGGGCCUUUGUCAGAACUAGAAUUUGAUUACUAACACAGGUGAAAGUUAAUCCACUGUGACUUUGCCCAUUGUUUAGAAGGAAUAUUCAUAGUUUAAUUAUGCCUUUUUUGAUCAGGCACAGUCGCUCACACCUGUAAUCCCAGCACUUUGGGAGGCUGAACCGGGCGGAUCACCUGAGGUCAGGAGUUCAAGACCAGCCUGGCCAACAUGGUGAAACCCCAUCUCUACUAAAAAUACAAAUAUUAACUAGGCGUGGUGGCACACACCUGUAAUCUCACUACACAGGAGGCUGAGGCAGGAGAAUCACUUGAACCUGGGAGGCGGAUGUUGAAGUGAGCUGAGAUUGCACCACUGCACUCCAGUCUGGGUGACAGAGUGAGACUCAGUCUCAAAAAAAAUAUAUAUGCCUUUUUGAAGAACAUAUAUUUUGUAACAAAGAACUGAAGCCCUUAUUAUAUUAUUAGUUUUGAUUUAAUGUUUUCAGCCCAUCUCCUUUGAUAUUUCUGGGAGACAGAAAACAUGUUUCCCUACACCUCUUGCAUUCCAUCCUCAACACCCAACUGUCUCGAUGCAAUAAACACUUAAUAAAAAACAGUCUAGUGGUCAAUUGAUUGAGCAA